ACAAAACAAAGCAGGAGCGGCGGCUGGCGAGUGCUGUGUCACACCACAUGAUGGAUGAGUUAGUGCAGGACCUGGUGUCUGCCCUUGAUCAGACCUCAGAGCAGGCCAAGCUGGGGGAGCUGUGGGAGGAGAUGGUUCUCGGUCCACUGCAACAGCCCAGGCAGAUCCGCCGGCGAAGAGGCCGUAAGCGCCGCUGCGACUCCUCCCUGCAUCCACUGGAUUGCAGUCGCUGCCUGAGCGAAGCCUCAGAGUCUAGCUUGGAAGAGGCGGCCAAAUACUGCAGACUACUCCCCUCAACCACUACUGCGUCUGCCGCCAACUGCAGCGACUCUGACGAUAUGAUUGUGACCAACCAGUGGCACCCCUUCAGCGACAGCUCCGUCAAGACCAGGCAGCAUUCCUGGCCAGAGUCUGACUCCUUUACUGAAAACAACACCCCAGGAAGGCCACUCCGGAGGCGGAGGAAGGUCAAACGCAUGACUUCAGAAAUAACAGUCAGCUUGCAGCAGAAGCUGAAGGUUUCCGUUGUGGAUGGAAAGCAGGAUGGCAGCCACAGGUCAUCUAAGAAGCAACGACUGUCACAAAUGAAGAAGGGGUCUUGUGGCUGGGUGGGAGUUGACAGACAGGCUGACGGCGCAGCUCUUCUGGCAAAGGAGUGUUGGAAGGAUAAGAUCACACAGGAGCCCAAGGGACAAAGAGAUGCCUCGGAUGAGAACAUGUCUGAAGGUGAAACUAGCAGCAUAUGCAGCAGUGAUCCGGGCCUUUUCACCAAUGAUGAGGGAAGACAAGGUGAUGAUGAGCAGAGUGACUGGUUCUUCGAGGGAGACUGUGGAGCGGGGAAGGGUGUUUCCAGCCUUACGUCCAGUUGGGAAGCAGACAGCCAGCUUGGCCUGGACAGUAAACGCCCCUCGACCACUUUCCUGCAGCCUGCACGGCCUGCUCAAAGAGGCUACCAUGCCAGACUAAACCGUCUACCUGGUAUGGCCGCCCGCUGCAUCAGGAGGGGUAGGAGGAGGCUUCCCUGCAAGGACAACGGCUCACCGAUGUUUGUUGAGCGACUUAAGCACUUUCCUCAAGGUCCUUACCACAGAAAUUUUUGGCUUCCUUCUGGGAAACGUGACCAAAGCCAGUGCAACCCUUUGUGCCCAUUGCCAGUGUAUCCUAUUGACGCAGUGCCAGAGAGCUCCUAUCGCAGAUGUUCCUCCUCAGUCUGCAAAAACAGGCAGACUAAUAUUCAUCUUGGACUGUUGUGCACGGGAGACAUAAAGAGGAGGAGGAAGACCACUAUCGUGCCCAUCAAAUCUUCAGAAAGCAUACCCUUAAGGGAUGACCAGAGAGAAGAGGCAGAGACACCAUAACAUGAGAGACUGUGGAGGCUUCAGGGACCCAAAGUGGAGAGGGCCCGUCUCCUUCUGACCAUACAGGGGAACCAAGUGGAGAGCUGAAGGUGUUGAGAACAAGCAUGCCAUAGUUUGGAAGAAGAUGCAGCAACAGGAAAGCUGUUGCUCGAAAGUUAGAAAGAUGAAACUCUUUUUGCUUCACAGACAUAAUAGCAUAAAAUAAAAUUACAAUACGGAAGAAAUUGUUAGCCUCUAAAUCACUAUUUUGCUGUUACAUCAAGUCUUUUCAGUCAUUUUUUUAAAGAAUGGGAAAUGUAAA